ACCACGUCCGAAACCGAUUGAGCAGUCCGCGAGGUGCUGGCGGUUGUUGAUCCAGUUGGGGUCGCACCGCCAGCAGUCAUCGAUGGGGUUACCGGUGAGACAUUGGUCGUUUUGGGUCAGAGACAGGGUUUGUCUUCUUGAUAGUGACACAUUCAGCCUCCUGCAAACUUUUGGCAAAUGCAAUGUGCUGGGAGAAAUGUUGAUUCUGAAAAGGGAAAAAUAGAGUGCUCUGUUUGGCUACUGAGAAAAAAUGGGCUACCUGGGAAAAUGUUGCUAAAUUUUCAUUCAAAAUCCUUGAAAAUGAGAUGGACCCAAAUGCUGAAACCUCGAAAUGUGCAAAACCCAGAUGCCAGAUGAAUUAAGCUUGCAACAGCAGUAAAAGGAACCAAUUUCGGUGAUAAAACCCCAGAUUGGACAAGACCAAGAUGCUAUUUUUCAGUGGCUCAGAGCCAAAAUAUGGGGAAGCAAGAUAAACCCAGAAUGUAAAACCUUUUUGGAGCUUUUAAAGUUAGCAGGUCUUACCUUUGGACAUCUAGAGCAACAGCCUCAGGGUCUGGGUGUUGGUGUAGGAGGGUGAGGUUUGAGGCUGCAUUGAUCAGGGGAAAGGCAGAGCUGGAGAAGAAGAGACAUAUUAAGAGAAUGCAGGUGUUAAGAAGCAUCCUUGAAGGAACAAUAAUAGUGGUGGGGAUGGGGUAUUUGUUUUCGGUUUGUUUCUCUUUUUGCCUUCUGCAAAAGACCCUCCUUUGUCCCUUGGGAUGUCUUUCCUGCUCAGCUCUUCAAUGCACACGGGGAUGCUGCAAAUUUUGGGGAAAUAGAAGUGGUUUAUACACUAAAACAAGAUUAAAAAUGACACACAUUGUAAAAUGGGAAAUGGGUGGGUUUAUCCGUUGAUGAAGAAAGAGGGAGGUGGGUAACGGUGGCUGUGAUAUGAACACUUCUGCCGGAGGAGGAGAAAGAGGGAGAAUGGACCUCCCCCUACUCGUUCUCCCUAGGCAGCCUCAUUCAGCCACUCAAAUUCCUACCUUGCUUCCUAAUUAUUCUAAAAAUCCAUUCUGAGGAGGUUAAUCUGGAUAGAAAAAUGCUAGAGCCGUUCUCUUUUCCUUUUCUUCUCUCUGAAAAAAGGUUUUCCUUUUGGAUCAAAGAUUCUUUUACAGCAUAAGUAGGGUUACGGUGUAAGAAUUCUGAGGGCUUUUCUUUUCUUCCGGGCCAGAGAACAGCCCCACGAAAGGGAAUAAACAGUAGUGCAAAACUUUUGAACUUCGGUGAAGAGGAUAGAAGUUUGUGUACUUUUAAUCAAAGAUUUAAAGCCUG